AUGGAGAAGGUGGUCGAAGAGCCUUGGGAGGACGUCGAGCGGCAAAGCACGACAGACGUCGUUGAGGGCAAGAUCACGCCUGAAUCCAACGAGGAGGCAGAGGAGAAGGCUCUUUGGCGCGCCUUCGGCACGCAGUCCAAAGAGCUCUGGUCCCAACACAGGGCAGGGCAUGCGAGCGGAGCGAUUCCGCCGCCGAGGACGCUCUCACCGGGCGCUAGCCUUCCCGCACUGCAUGAGUUUCUACUGGAAGCCUGUGGCGGCGAGCGAAAUCCAGAGGAGCAGCGACUGGCACUUGCGGGACUGUUGAACUUCCCCGACUUUCCCAUUACCGUGGAGCGCUCUGACCUGCUUGCAGCGAACAUCUCUGUCUUGAACCGGCAUUUCUUCGCAGGCAUGGUCCUGUCACGGAUGCUUGCUGAGAAUGCUGCGGAAGGCGCAGACGAGGACCUGAAGCAGGCUUUGUUGGAAGCCGUGGAGGCGGGAGCCAUGGAAACGAACUGGCGCCCGACCCGGCGCGCUGAGCCUGUCAUGGACGAGUACCAGAAUGCCUCGUCGCCGUUGCGGUCCUUGGGCCCGGAGUCGCCCUCGCCGAAGGCGAAUGCUUCCCCGGUGCCGAACUCUGAGGCGUCUAGGCCCAGGAGGGAUCGCCCUCCUCCUAUGCCGAAGCGGCCCUGGGGGGCUCGGGCGCCUCCCGGGAAGUCUGAGGUGGAGGAGCGGCUCUCUGAUCUCAGGGUUCGCUUUGCGGCGCGUCGGCGGCGAAAGAAGGCAGCGCGUGCUGUCGCAGGAAGGGAGUUCGAGUCUGCCGAGCAAAGCACCGGCGCGCCUUUGGAGGAGCGGCAGUCGCCUUCGCCCGGACCUGGGAAAGCUCGAUAUCCACUGCACUGGGUCGAAGAGGAGAUCUUUCUGCCACAGCUUGUCAUGGCCCCUGCCAAACGCGCCGCUGCAGAAGUGGCAGGCGGCAUGCCGAUGAGGGGGAAUGCUGCGAUGCUGCCGAG